CUCUCAACCAGCCACAAUCCCGGAGCGCGUUCGACGAUUUUACGGGGAGAGAAAGAGACGCGACGUUGAUACUUUAUACUUGAUCAGCCGAGCUGACGUCGCUUCGUUACGAGGCUCGUGCACGUAAUUCGAAAAAAAUCGUUUGGGAGUUUGAAAAUGUGGGGAAAAACUGAUUUUUCGAAUGUUGCGUUUUCAAUAAUGGCGGUUGGGAAUGAAGAAGUUGAUGUGUUGGGAAACUUGGCCGGAACUGCAACUUGGUUGAGCUCUAUAUAUAGCCUCACUACUUGUAUAUGACAAAACCGAAUAAAGAAAUAAAAACAGAACCUGAGCGGGUUUCUCACUCUCUCUCUCUCUCUCUCUCCGUGAUACGCCCGCUUUCCAUUUGUUUCUCGGUUGUCGCGUGUCGGGAGGAAUCAUCGCGUCGUCAACAUCGGUAUUCGAUAGGGAGAAGCGUUCACGAGAGAGUGAGACAGAGAGGAGGCGGUCAAACGAGUUGGAGGGCGAGGGAGAGGGACAGAAGCAAGAAGCGACGGUGGUGAGAGAGUAGGAGAAGAAAAAGUUGUCGCGGGGAAUGCGGUGGCGGUACGUGUUGGACGUGUUGGAUCAGAAAGCGUGUUGAGUCUUCGCAAUGGUCAGUUUAGUGAAGUUAGUGAGGGCGAGAGGACUCAAAUAGAAACACGAGGCGUUGCGUGCGCGGUGUGUGCCGUGGGCCGAUUCGGAGGCCCGAAUGUAGCGGAGCUCAUCACUUUCUUCGACGUCGGACUCUGUCUCCUCGCGAUGCAGUGGCUCGCGGUGAUGAUGUGUCUGUACGCGGGCGUCGCGAGCGGACGCACGGAGGAGGAUCAGUCGUCGGGCUCGAACGGGAACGCCAUGAUUCCCGCACUCCCGGAACGAUGCUACUACGAGGAAGCCUCCGAGUGCCCCUCUCCAGAGAACGGGGACGCUUGCCCCUGCAAAAGAAUACUCUUGUCGCACAGCAGCCCGGAUGCUAACGCCGUCUUGUGCUGCAACGUCGACAGUCGAAAUUUUGAGACCGGUCUCGCUUGUGCCAACUUCCCAGCUAACGUCUCGUACAUCCACAUACGAAACGCCACUUUUGACACGUUCAAUGUCAGCGAAGUCCGAUGGAGGAGACUCAAGUCACUCUCGAUCACGGACGGCCGGAUCAAUCGCAUAAAAGGACAGUUUCUCAUGAUGGCACCUACUCACUGCCUCAACCUAUCCAACAACGGACUCUCCGAGGUCGAGAACAACUCGUUCACGAGACUCGCACAGCUCGCGACCCUCGACCUCUCUUAUAACAACAUCACCCAUUUACCCGCCCUCAACACCAUGAGCGGUCGGGAAUUUUGGCUCGACAUAUCCGGUACGAACACACUUUGGUGCCACGACAUUUAUCAGUACAUCAACAAAACCGGGGAGAAACGAAUAAACUUCAACAGGGAAAACAAAACCUCGUGCUCGGCGAGCAAAACGUGGCACUGGUUCAACACCACCGAGCAAGUCCCGCUCAAGCAAGUACGCUACCUCAGCUUGCUCCAGACGGAAUGCCCCAAAGGCGAGAACUGGCAGUGCCAGUGCAACUUCCGGAGAAUGGACAUUGCGGAGGGCAAACCACCGACGCUCGCGGUCAACGUCGACUGUAGCGGGAUCCAGCUGACCGAGUUGCCCGACAAACUUCCCCGGAACACCAUCGCUCUCAACGUCUCUUACAACAACAUCACGGUCCUGGAUGACCUCAGCACGAAUCGCUGCUACGAGGAUAUACGCGAAUUUUAUGCCGAUUACAACAACAUAUCUUCGAUCAAUAAAUUGGAGGGAUCCAAGUUUUUGGACAACUACGCUCUUCUCAGUCUUCGUUACAAUAAAAUUAAAUCGCUUCCAACGUACAUGCUAACGCCCAACGUUCAUGACAAGAGUUACGCUGCCUCGAGGUACGUUAAACUCGGCGGUAACGAGUUGCACUGCGAUUGCAAUACUGCCAAAUAUCUCAAGGUUUGGCUUCAAACUCGUAUUUUGGACUCGGACGAAGUUCUCUGUGAGAAUGUCAAGGAAAAAGUGGUGGAUCUGGAACCCUCGAAAAUGUGCGUUUAUCCGGGCGAUUGGACCGAUUAUAUUUAUUAUAUUAUAGGCACGGAGCUUUUGCUGCUGAUGAGCCUCAUUACGAAAGUCUCGUACGAUUAUUGGGUCUUCAAAACCGCCGGUUAUCUUCCGUGGCCUGCGAACAAAAUGCCCAAGCUACCCUGCGACUGGCUGUGCGAAACGUGAACGAUUUUCUCGCAUCAAUUACGUUUCGAGCAGCGGGCAUGAUUCUCAACUCUGAAUCUUACUCAUGUAAAAAUGAUUUGUGGUCGUUUUUUUUUCUCGGUUGCUCAGGAGUAACGGACUUGAAUGUUUGUGUACAUAGAAAUGUUUUUGUUUCAACGAACCAUGACUGAACGUACAAAUACGCGGUUUGGCUUGAAAAUUAUUCAAAGAUUGUUGUUCUAGUCGGUGCGAUAUUAUUGACAAAUGUAUAAUUUGCGUACGAAACGUUCGACGGUAACGUUAAUAACGAUAAUAAUUGUAUGAACCAAUAAUAAUUGUGAUAAUGAAACAAUAAAAAAAUUUGCUCCGAC